AUGAAAAACACUAUCAUUAACAAUCUCAAUCAAAAACCAUAUUUUAUUUUCCAAUGCAUUUCUCCUACUAAACACUAUGAUGAUCCAUUUGUAAUGCUAAAUUAUAAUGAUUUAGCAAUACUUCAAAAUGGACUAAUUCCCUCAUCAUACACACUAGGAAAUUAUAUGGAGGAAGUUACAAACCUCGAAGGAGUUCUUAUCACUCCAAUAUUUGAGGAAUAUGAGAAGAUGAGAAUAUUUGCAAGUAGAACAAAACAAUACAAAGUUACACCAUGUCAAGUUACAAUGAAGAACAUUAUCAGUGAUAAAGGAAAAAGAAUUGCUAUCAAAGGAAAUCUGAAGGUUGAUAACAAUGACAUUCCUAUUAUAAUCAAACAAUACAAAAAAAGUGAAUAUUUUUAUAAUGAAAGUUAUUUGGAUUAUCUUGACUCCAUUGGACUAUUAGUCAAAGCAUCAGAACAAUACAAUAAAUAUGUUGACAUGUAUAAUAAUCAACUUAAAGACGAGAAGGUACAUCGAAUGAAACGAGUGAAGUGUGAAGGAAGUCAGAUGUUUGUUGUAACAAAUCAAAUGAUUCAAGGAGACAUAUUCCUACUUAAAGAAGUGAAGGCUUUCAUUGAUAAAAAAGAAAAAAUGAUAAUUGAAAUCUAUCAUGAAGAAGCAGAAACACAAUUGAUUCAAGCAAUCAAUGAGGAAGGAAGUGGAAUUAGAGAUACGUCAGGAAUAAAAAAUAUGGAUGUUUCUGGAGGUAUUUUAAGUAUAGAAGCAUUCAACCAUUUUCUGUGGUGUCAAACCACAGAAAGUAUUAGUGAUUUGAUGAUUAUGAAAAAUGUAUUUGUUAUACUAACAAAUAAUGAAUAUACGAUAAUUAAAGCAGAAGUUAUUCAUAGUAAACCAAGUAAAUAUUAUUUCAUUCAAUAUUCUGAUGAGUUUGAUACAGUAAAAAACAUUUUUAUUGCAAACCACAAUUGUCAAACAAUAUGCACUAUGUUUAAAAGGUGUGAAGAUGAAAAUAGAGAUAUUGACUACGAGACUAAUGAUAAGUACAUUACUCAAUUUAUUCUUUGA